AUGAUGGCCAACGAUUUCAACGGGCUAGGCAUUCAAAUAGAGGAAAGACAACCUGUAAAAGAUGAUAUACUAUUGCCUCCAUUACCGACAGAAAGUAGUCUUCAAUCAUUAAACUCAUUGAUUAAUAAUGAAAUGAUAUCCAACAUCAAUUCAUCCAAUCCUAACUCGAAUACUAAUUCACCUAAAUCAAAUUUACUGAAGUCAAAUUCUUUUGUUGACCAAAUAGAUAACCAUACUAUCAACGAAAGAUCAAAUUCAGUGAUAAAUUCAACCUUAGAAGAAAUUACAAGUGAUGGUAUGAUGAGUCCAACAGUUGAAGAAAAGAUCUUUAUUAAUGCUAAUAAUUCAUUCUCAACCUAUGAAUUAGAUAGUCCAAGUAUUAAUUUAGAUUCUAACCAAUUAUUCCCAACAAUUUCCAAAACUUUAUCAAACCAUUCAAAUAAUUCCGAAAGAGAAAAAUCUAGUCCUUUGAAAAGAUUGAAAAAGACCAUUAGAAAGUUGAGUUUGAGUAAAAAUUCCCAAACUAACAAUUUGACUUCAACUUUUUCAAAUUCUACUACAGGGAAUUCAACUAAUACUUCAACUCCAGUUUUGGGUUUUGAGUUACAUAGCUCAAACAGUUCGAAUCCUUUUUCAACCAACUCAACCACAAUUAAUUCUGUUAUAACUUCUCACAAUAGUGAUAAAGUUAGACCUCAAUUAAGUCCUUUACAAAACUCACAUAUCAAAACCCUUUCUCAAGAUUCUAAUAAUUCCAAGAAUUCAUUAGAUUCAAAAUUGAAAUGUUCAACCCCUUCAACUCCUCCAUUAACAAUUUUUUCAUCUCCAGUGUUCACCAUUUCAGAUAAUGUUAAUAACAAUUCUAAUAUUGAAAAGAUUGAAAAAGAUUACUUAGCUAAUUGCAACAUCAAAUUGGAAGAAUUAGAAAGUAAGAGUGAAAACUUGAUCAAUUAUUACAAUUAUUUGGUCAAUGAAAAGAAUCAUAUUAAUGAUAGCUAUAAGAUUACUAAAUCAAGAUUAGUAAAAUCAGGUUGGUGUUCAAAUGAAGAUUUAAAUAAUUUAACAUUACAAAAAAACUUCCAAUUAAAUCAAAUCGAUUUAAGAUUGAUUGAAAUCAACGAUAAGAUUUCAAAAGAUUAA